CGUAAUGAUUCGGUCAGUAGUCGCCCAUUGGAAGCUGAUCAGUUGGUGCCGAGUGGGAUAAUAAUAGUGUUGUGUGUAGAUUGUUUUUUGGAAUUAGAAAAUGAACGGUCGAAUCUGCUUGGCCGCAGUGCUAUUGCUGGUCGUGGCAGUGGCCAAUGGCUUCCCAACCCAGCGCAAUCCUGACUUUGAUUGUACCAUCGAAGGACACCAGGGUGUGUAUUUGCCUCAUCCGGAGUCUUGCUCCAAGUACAAGAUCUGUUUCAACGGAGGACUGGUGGACGGUAACUGCCCAGAUGGAUUGUUGUUUGACGAGGCAUCUCAAGGAUGUGAUCUGCCCGAGCGAGUACACUGCCAUUUGAAUGACGAUGACGAUGAGGAAGUAGAGGUUCCCGAAGAGCCAGAGGAUGAGACAGAGCCAGCUCCAGAGGAGGAAGAGGAACAAACUCCAGAGGAUGAAGAUGAGGAACCUGCGCCAGAGGAAGAACCUACGCCAGAAGACGAGGAAGAGGAAGUAGAAGAAAUCCCUGAGGAUGAAGAGGAACCGGCACCAGAAGAAGAACCAGCACCAGAGGAAGAGGAAGUUGAGGUAGAAGAACCCGUUCCAGAACCAGAAGAGGAAGACCUGACUCCUGAGGAGCUGCCUGAGAGCCAGACGAACAAGGUCGAUGAUGAUGAUGAUGAUGAUGAUAAGGAAGAAGUAGAAGACGAGCAAGAACCAACUCCUGAGGAAGAAGAGGAGACCACUGAAGACGACGAUGAGGAAGAACAGCUCCCAGAACCGGAGGAAGAAGAUGAAACUCCAGAAGGUGAAGUAGAUGAGACCGUUCCAGAGCAGGAAGAGACUGAGGAUGACGUUCCAGCUGAAGAAAAGGAAAGCAAGAAGAGGAAACACGUUGAUGAUGAUGAUGAUGAGGAAGUAGUUGAGGAAGAAGAAGAAGAAGAAGGAGAGCUUACUCCUGAAGAGGAAGAGGAAGUACCGGAAGUUGAUGAUGAGGAAGAACAGGUUCCAGAAGAUGAGGAAGAAACAGAGGUAGAAGAGACCGUUCCAGAACAGGAAGAGCCUGAAGAAGAAGAGGAAGAAGUAGAUGUACCAGCUGAUGAAGACGAAAGCAAAAAUAAGAAACACGUUGAUGAUGAUGAUGAUGAUGACGAUGAGGAAGAAGAAGAAGUAACCACUGAUGCCAACGAAGAAGAGGAGGAAGAUUCAACGCAAGAGCCUGAAGGUAACAAAAAUGAAAAGAAUUAA